AUGUUUAAUUUGUCAUCAAGAGUUCAAGCUGCUGGGAAUCAGGCAUUGACUUCCUCAAUUGUCAUCACGGGAAUAGUUAUUUUAUUAACUUUAUUACAAUUAUAUAAAGAUAAUGUAUGGUCACUUGAUACCACAACAAUUGGAAAUAUUAAACCAACAGCAACAAUUAAACAUUCAUUUCAAUAUGGAUCAAUAAAUAGAAAACCAAAAGAAAAUAGUAAGAUUCAAUUUGAUUUAUCAACUGAUUUGAGUCCAUUAUUUAAUUGGAAUACAAAACAAAUUUUCAUUUAUUUAACUGCUGAAUAUCCUGGUAAAAGUGAUGAAUCAUCAAAUAAAGUAACAUAUUGGGAUAAAAUUAUAACUAAUAAAAAAGAUUCAAUUUUAAAUUUGAAAAAUCAAAGAAGUAAAUAUUCUAUUUGGGAUAUUGAAAAAUCUUUUAGAAAUAGAAAUGCAACUGUUAAAUUAGAAUGGAAUAUUCAACCUUAUAUAGGUCCUUUAAUUUAUGGUGAAACUAAAGGUAUUGAUACUUUUCAAUUUGCUGAUAUUAAAAAGAAAACUUCAUGA